GGUCGGAGGCGGUGCUCGGCGCGAGGCGAACAGAUUUGUCUUGUCUUGGGCAGGCCGCCCCGCCACUGGGCCAGACUGGGUGGUGUGAUCUGCCCAAACAUGCGGGAGCUACCCCCGAUUCAACUGUUGGGCUUCAAAUCGGCGGAUCAGGAGAUCGACCGCCAGGCGCUGCUGGACGAGAUCACAUCCAACGGCGAGAUCGCCGUCUCGCUGACGGAGGCGGACAUCGCCGGACUCGUCUUGGCCAGCGGAGCGGCCGCCUCCGGCGCGUCCAGUCGCUCGUCGUCAGGCGCAUCGACGGCACGCGCCGGCAACCUGGACCCCGAGGCGGCCGUCAUGGAAGAGGAGGCCGCCUCGCUGCCCGGCUUCAUGGCCGAUGAACAGCAGGAGCAGCACAGCAAGCCGGCUGAGAUGCACGUGCUGCGGAAGGCUACAGAUGUGCUGCACGCAUCCGUGGACGCCAUGCUCGGGCAGUCCAUAGAAAUGGACCACGAGGUUCGGCGUCGCAUCGAUACGCAGUUCUUCUGGGACAACAAGCGGAAGAUCGACAUGGUGCUCGCCUACCGGGAGGACGACGAUGUGAACAGGAUCCACAAGCGCAAAACAUUCCAGGCCAACCUCAUCAGCGAGGGACUCGAACUCGAGCUCGAGGACAAAAAGCACUCCAGCGACGGAAAGACAUACUAUCUCAAGGUCCACUCGCCCUGGGAUGUCUUGACAAGAUACGCCGAGAUUAUGAAUCUUAAAAUGCCGAUCAAGAAGUUUGUGGUGGUGAACCAUGCUUGGGAAGACGAGCCGGACGAGGACGACGGGCCGCCCUGCUGUCCGGGCAUGAAGAACCCCUUCAGCUACGACACCAACUUGAUUCCCCCGGAGCCGGAGUACUUCACGGCCGGGUUCAACCGACACAGAGAGCACCAGUUCGUCAUCAAGAGCCGCGAGACGUUCUUCACCUCGGCGCAACGGUCGCAGAUCGUGUGGCAGAUCCUGAUGCGCACCAAAUACACGGACUCAGCGCACGUCAACGACCGCUCCAAGGUCGGCAUCAACCGCCUCCUCAACAACGGCGCGUUCGUGGCGGCCUUCCCCCUGCACGACGGCAGCUACAAGGAGGACGACGGCAGUGGCACGCCCAACGACAGACGGCUUCUGUACCUGGAGUGGGCGCGGCCUGCCUGCAUUCACAAGAAACAGCCGCUCUGGUUGGUGAGGAAGUAUUUCGGCGACAAGAUCGGCCUCUACUUCGCCUGGCUUGGCUUCUACACGGCCAUGUUGGUGCCGGCUGCCAUCGUUGGCGUCCUAGUCUUCAUAAUCGGCCUCUUCAUGGUCAACAAUGAUAACUUGUACAACCCCAGCAUCGAAAUCUGCCACAGCAACGUGACUAUGUGCCCACUGUGUAACAAAGCGUGUGAGUACUGGGACCUGAAGGCGUCCUGCUUCUUCUCGCAAAUCACCUACCUCUUCGACAAUCCGGCCACCGUCUUCUUCUCCAUCUUCAUGGCGUUCUGGGCAACGAUGUUCCUGGAGUUUUGGAAGCGCAGACAGGCGGUGAUAGCGUGGGAGUGGGACCUGGCCAACUACGAGGACGAGGAGGACGCGCGACCCGAGUUUGAGGUCAAGGCCACCUCGUUCCGCAUCAACCCGGUCUCGAAGGAGGAAGAGCCCUACAUGACCGCAUCCAGCAAAGUUUGGCGCACGUUGGCGUCCGGAACCAUAAUCAUCUUCAUGCUGAUGCUGGUGGUGGCGGCAGUGUUCGGCGUCAUUGUCUAUCGGCUGGCCGUCACCACCAUGUUCCAGCAGACCAGGGACGUGUUCUGGCUGAAGCGCUCCAAAAUCGUCACGUCUAUGACGGCCGCUACGCUUAACCUCAUCAUCAUUGUCAUCAUGAACCAGCUGUACAGGAAGGUGGCAGUGUGGCUGACAAACCUGGAAAACCCUCGCACCCAAACGGAGUACGAAGACAGCUUCACAUUCAAGAUGUUCUUUUUCCAAUUUGUCAACUACUACUCCUCUCUCGUAUACAUCGCGUUCUUCAAGAACCGGUUCUACACGCACCCCGGCCAGGCGGGCGACACCAAAAACGUGCUGGUGCAGACGCAGGCGGACGUGUGCGACCCGGCCGGCUGCCUCUUCGAGCUGUGCAUCCAGCUGGCCAUCAUCAUGGUUGGCAAGCAGGUCCUCAGCAACUUCAUCGAGAUCCUGUUCCCGAAAAUAAUGAACUGGUGGCGCGCGAGAGCGUCCUUGAACAAAGUGGAGGAUACUAAAGAGCUCUACACACGCUGGGAACAGGACCAUGACCUGCAGGGUCUGGACACCCUCUCCCUGUUUGAGGAAUACCUCGAGAUGGUCAUCCAGUACGGUUUCGUGACGCUGUUCGUGGCUGCGUUCCCACUGGCGCCGUUCUUUGCGCUGAUCAACAACAUCGGGGAGAUCCGGCUGGACGCCUACAAGUACGUGACGCAGGUGCGACGACCGUUGGCCCAGCGUGUGCAGGACAUCGGCGCCUGGUACGGCAUCCUCCGAGGCAUCACCUACCUGGCCGUCACCUUCAACGCGUUGGUGAUCGCGUUCACGAGCGACUUCAUACCACGUCUAGUGUACUGGUACAAGUACAGCGAGUCGGGCACCCUGGACGGCUACAUCAACGGCACGCUGUCCGUGUUCAACACGUCCGACUUCCCGCCGGGCUACGCACCGGACCCUCAGAUUGACGACCGCAAGUUCGAGACGUGCCGGUACCGGGGCUUCCGCACGCCGCCUGACUCGGAGCAUCCGUACGAGACCAACAUGAUGUACUGGCACGUGUUCGGCGCGCGGCUCGCCUUCGUCGCCAUCUUCGAGCACGUGGUGAUCGGCCUGACGGGCGUCAUGGCGUACGCCAUCCCCGACAUCCCUGGGAACGUCAAGGUGCAGAUCAACCGGGAGAGGAUGCUCGCCCGAGAAGCGCAGUUCGAGGCCGAGAUGUACAGGCUGAAGAAGGAGCGUGAGCUGACGCAGCCGCCGGCCAGCCGCCGCUCCUCGAGCCGCGAGACCGACUCCCGUGCCUCCUGGAGAAUCUCGGCGCCCUGCAGCCGGCGUGACUCACGAGCCUACGGCGACUUCGCCAGCUGAGGUGACCGCCCACGGCCACCCGGCCAAUCCGCCGGGGAGGUCAGCGAGCAAGACAAUCCGGGGUCAGCCCGUGGUCAGCCCGGCGACGGCCUGUUGAGGCCAGUGACCAGCUGGUGGCAGCCUGGUGUUCGCCUGGGGACAGCGCUGGAAGGUCUGAGGACUGCCUUGGGACGGCAAAAAGACAGCGCGGGAAUGGUAUGGGAACAGCCCCAGAGCGGGCUGGGCACGGAUUAGGGGGAUCUGGGGUGAACCCGGGGCGGAAGCGUAGCCGCCAACCAGCAUCGCAGGACGAAGCAAUAGCCUUACAUGUGUGGUACUUUUCAUGACGGUCGUGCUGGCAUGUUUUCCAACCAGCGGCAUUUAUGCAUUAUCUACUGGUAUCGCCUGGUGCUGUGUGCCGACAGCACACCCUCAGCGUCCGUGCGUCGCUGCCAGCACCGAUCACGCACGUCCCAGUAGUAUAUAUUUUUGAUGGAUUACAUAUCGGGCCAAAAGCACGCUGUCGUAGUAGGGAAGUUCCACUGGGAACCUAGUCAACCGCGCUUAAGCUUCUCCACAGACACGCGGUCCAAUGAGCUGUAAGUACUGUUAAGCCUGCGAUGUUGUUGCGAAACUUUUAUCAACCAUGUCGUCCAUGUCAGGUAUCUUAUUAUAGCGGAUUGUCUGUUAUCUAAACUCUCACGCAAGCGCCACCGGCUCGCUGUGCUGCCUUGCUGCGGUGUUGGUGGAUGCGGCUGCACCGAAGCAGAGUGGUAUGAUUACAUAGCAUACACCCAAUUGCUGUCGAGCGCGAAUAAUGACCCCCAUGCCUCGUGGAGAACAGACGUUCAAAUGCGUGCAAACAUUAUUGUUCCAAUGAUACUCGUGGUACACGUGUAGACGUCUUCAAAGCCAAACAUUUAUAAUACAUAAUGCACCACCC